CUUUAUACAAUUUUAUAUUUAUAUAUACAAAUAUUUCGUAUGAUUUCUCAGUAUCAUGCUGACUUUUGUGAAUGGUGGGGGCCUCAUUAAUUCCAUCAUAAAUAAGCUUCCUAUUGAGCUUCAUUUACCAGGAUAUUCAUAUUGUGGUCCAGGUACUAAGCUACAGAAACGAUUAGAUAGAGGUGAUUUGGGGGUCAACCCUUUAGAUCAAGCGUGUAAGGUUCAUGAUAUUGCCUAUAGCAAAACUAACGAUUUGAGAGAAAGACAUAAAGCAGAUAAACAAUUGGAAGAUAGUGCUUGGAAUCGUUUUCGUUCAAAAGAAGCUUCUUUAGGAGAGAAAACUGCGUCACUUUUAGUGACCGGUGCCAUGAAAGCUAAACGAAAAUUAGGAAUGGGGCAUCGAAAAUCUUUUCGAACUGCUGUACUCAAUCCAAUCAAUAAAAUACUCAGAAAAUCGAAACCUGGGGAUUUGAAGAAAUCUGCUUCCAUAGCUCUGAGAGCAGCAAGAGCGGCAGUGAAAAAAGCCGGUGGAAAAAGUAAAAUAAGAAUUCCACGAAUUAUACCAUUUGAAAGUAAAUCUGGAGGAGUAUUACCAAUAUUGGGUAUUUUAGCUGGCUUAGGAGCAUUAGGGUCAGUUUUAGGAGGAAGUGGUACAGUCGCAAAUGCUGUUAUAAAUGCCCGAAGUGCGAGAAAAAAGUUGGAAGAAGAAAAAAGACAUAAUAAAGCGAUGGAAUCUAUUGGACACGGAUUAUUUUUGAGAAAGAUGCAUAAAGGUUAUGGUUUAUAUUUGAAGAAGCAAAAAAAAAAAACCUCUGAAAAGUUUGCCUCCAAGAGCAUUAUAUGAUUAUGAGAUAUUACAAUAUUGUAAGAGUAUUCCAUAUUUUCGAGGAGUGUUCAUGCGAAAUACUUUACCAACCGCUAUAAAAGGCAGAGAGUGUGGUGUUGUGAAUUUAGACAGUUCAAAUGGUCCAGGAACUCACUGGGUUGCAUAUGUCAAAAACGGAAAUUACGUGGAAUAUUUUGAUAGUUAUGGAAAUUUGAAACCACCCCGAGAAUUGGUUCAUUAUUUCAAAAACUCUAUUAUUAAGUAUAACAGAACCGAUUAUCAGAAAUCUAAUUCAUUCAAUUGUGGUCACUUGUGUUUGAAGUUUUUAACGUCGAAAAUGUUAUAAAUAAAAGGAUACUUUGUUUCAUUUCAUCAGUCAUGUCAAUGCUCUUCACAUUGAAAGAUCGAUCUCCGAUACUUUCAAUCGACUUACCUACUCCAAUAGAAUUAGAUCCAAAUUAUCAUUAUGGUCUAGCGUUGAUUGGCUUCCAUACUUUCAAUUCAAUUCCAAAUAUUGAUGAAACUAAUAAUAAAUUCUACUUUUAUGAGAGAAGCAUUAAAGAACAACUCCAUUCAGAAAAUUUCAUACCAAAACUGUCGUCUAACCCACAAGUGAAACCGAAAAGUGAUAUUGGAGAAACUUUGAAAGAGAAGAGGAAAGUAAUUGUUAUUCCCACAGGAGCCUAUGAAAUAGGUGAUAUUGAAGAAUUCUUGAAGAAGAAACUACUCUCAGAAGAACAGUAUAAAAGUGGAGGUGAAGACAUAUUUUUUUUACGUCCUAAUCUGAAUACACUAAAGAGCGAAAUAUAUCAUAAACAUUUUUCAAUUGAUUUUUCAGAGGACGAUACUUUGGGUAAAGUUUUAGGAUAUUCCAAGAGAAUUCUUAAUCCAAAUCAGAUACAUGAAUCUGAUGUAACUGUAGAUAUCGUGAAGGUUCAAACUAUCCACAUAGAUAGUAAUAUUACAGAAGGAGCUUUCUAUAACAAUAGGCCCACACAUACAAUUUAUGAAUUUUCUCUAGAUUCUGAUCCAGGCUAUAGCAUUGACGAAGUGCCUAGAAAUUUAAUUUAUUUACCAUUGACUAC